UCAGGCGCCCGGGCGCGCAGGCGCAGUCUCCAUGCUGCGUGCGGCUUCUCGAGCCGUGGGCCGCGCUGCGGUUCGCUGUGCGCGUCGCUCCGGCCCUUCCGUAGCGCGUCCUCUCGCCAUGUCCCGGCCUCCGGCACCCGGCGCCACCUCGGGCGCCCCUCUCCGGCCCGCCACGGUUCUGGGUACCAUGGAGAUGGGGCGCCGCAUGGAUGCGAGCGCCAGUGCCGCCACAGUCCGCGCCUUCAUGGAGCGCGGCCACAACGAACUGGACACGGCCUUCAUGUACUGUGACGGCCAGUCCGAGAGCAUUCUGGGCGGCCUGGGGCUUGGGCUGGGCAGCGGCGACUGCACAGUGAAAAUUGCCACCAAGGCCAACCCUUGGGAUGGGAAGUCAUUGAAGCCUGAUAGUGUCCGGGCCCAGCUGGAGACAUCACUGAAGAGGCUGCAGUGUCCCCGGGUGGACCUCUUCUACUUACACGCUCCUGACCACAGCACCCCAAUAGAGGAGACGCUUCGUGCCUGUCACCAGCUGCAGCAGGAGGGCAAGUUUGUGGAGCUUGGCCUGUCCAACUAUGCCUCCUGGGAGGUGGCUGAGAUCUGUACCCUCUGCAAGAGCAACGGCUGGAUCCUGCCAACCGUGUAUCAGGGCAUGUACAACGCCACCACCAGGCAGGUGGAGAAGGAGCUCCUCCCCUGCCUCAGACACUUUGGAUUGAGGUUCUACGCCUACAACCCCUUGGCUGGGGGCCUCCUGACAGGCAAAUACAAAUAUGAAGACAAGGAUGGCAAGCAGCCUGUGGGCCGCUUCUUUGGGAAUAGCUGGGCUGAGACCUACAGGAACCGCUUCUGGAAGGAACACCACUUCGAGGCCAUCGCCCUGGUGGAAAAGGCCUUGCAGGCCUCCUAUGGCAGCAGCGCCCCCAGCAUGACCUCGGCUGCCCUGCGCUGGAUGUACCACCACUCACAGCUCCAGGGCUCUCAAGGGGAUGCAGUCAUCCUGGGCAUGUCCAGCCUGGAGCAGCUGGAACAGAACUUGGCCGCCACUGAGGAAGGGCCCCUGGAGCCGGCUGUCGUGGAUGCCUUUAACCAAGCCUGGAACCUGGUCGCCCACGAGUGUCCCAACUACUUCAGAUAGACUGUCCUGGCUCAAGCUGCCAAGGGCUUUCCCGCCACCUCUUGGGUUCACACCCUGGCCAUUCCUUGCCUUAUGCUGACUCAGUGGGUCCUCUGAUCUCCACCCACACAGUCUUCUAGACUGUGGCCCUGCUCCCUGUCACCUUCAUGGUGAAGAAAGGCUGGGCUGAGUCCAACAGCAGCUCUUCCUGUCUGAAUAAAGCAGGCAUCUGGCCUGGCUGCAGCCAGGACUGAACCUCA